GCCGUAAAGGGAUACAGGAUCGGAAGAGGCGGCUGCGCGAGCGCGCACCUCCCGGUGGUGAGCGCGCUCCGGGACCGGCUUCGCUGCUCGGGAGCGCGCCCCGGGAGUUUUCCCUCGUCUCGGUCCUGCCGGCAGGCGCUGGACCCGGCUGCCGGUAUUGGCAAGGUCAUCCAAGCAAGGCCGGCCAAGCUCCGCCUCCCACAUCUUUUCCUGGCAGCGGGCAAAGCGUAGCUGAGCUUUCUGUCCCUGAGCUUUUCGCCUCCGGUUAAAGGCAGCGAAGACCUGUUUGAGAUGUGGUGGUUUCAGCAAGGCCUCAGUUUCCUUCCUUCAGCUCUCCUAAUUUGGACAGCUGCUGCUUUCAUAUUUUCAUAUAUUACUGCUAUAACACUUCACCAUGUUGACCCUGUCUUGCCUUAUAUCAGUGACACUGGUACAGUAGCUCCAGAAAAAUGCUUGUUUGGGGCAAUGCUGAAUAUCGCCGCAGUUUUAUGCGUUGCAACCAUUUAUGUUCGUUAUAAGCAAGUUCAUGCUCUGAAUCCUGAAGAGAAUUGUAUCAUCAGAUUAAACAAGGCUGGCCUUGUACUUGGAUUACUGAGUUGUUUAGGACUUUCUGUUGUGGCAAACUUCCAGAAAACAACCUUUUUUGCUGUACAUGUGUGUGGAGCUAUACUCACCUUUGGCAUGGGCUCAUUAUAUAUGUUUGUUCAGACUAUCCUUUCCUACCAAAUGCAGCCCAAGAUUCAUGGCAAACAAGUCUUCUGGAUCAGACUACUGUUGGUUAUCUGGUGUGGAGUAAGUGCAUUGAUCAUGCUGACUUGCUCAUCACUUUUGUACAGUAGCAGUUUUGGCACUGAUAUAGUGCAGAAACUCCAUUGGAACCCGGAGGACAAAGGUUAUGCGCUUCAUAUGAUCACUGCUGCAGCAGAAUGGUCUAUGUCAUUUUCCUUCUUUGGUUUUUUCCUGACUUAUAUCCGUGAUUUUCAGAAAAUUUCUUUACGGGUGGAAGCCAAUUUACAUGGAUUAACGCUCUAUGAUACUGCUCCUUGCCCUGUUAACAAUGAACGAACAAGGCUACUUUCCAGAGAUAUAUGAUAAAGGACAAAAUAUACCUGUGGUGAUCAUGAUUCUCAGGGAUUGGGAAAAUAAUCAUGAAAGUUAACUUAUUUUGCUCUGAAAUUUUCAACCACUUAAUCAAGGCUGACAGUAACAUCUAAGAAUCUGAUAAUCAAGAGACAUGAAAUAAGCCAUUUGAUAUUAUUUUAAAGGAUAUCUUCAAGAGGACCAUGUAAAAACAUUAAUGCCUGUACUUUUUCUAUCCCAGAAAAUAAAACCAAAGGACUACAACAUUGUAGGUUUUUUCUAUUUUUUUUUUUAAGAGAAACAACCAGAAGUGUACCAAGCAGUCUGCAAAACCCAGCCUUUUUUUUUUUUUUUUUUUUUUAUCAUUUCAGAGCAUGUUUUCCUGGGGGCACUUAUGUGAGAGGGAUUUUUUACAACCACAAAUAAUCAACAGUGCUCAGGAGCUUCUUUAGAAUAGAAUUGGGUUUUGAAGUAAUAGUUUUAUCACAUUAAUACAUUUCUUAUAGUCUUUAUAAAACGUAUUUCUUCUGGAAUCCAGCCUGAAAGGGAAACAGAACCUGAACUCAUGUGAGCACUUUCAUUGCUUAAGCUUUGCACAAGAGAUCUUAUAGAUAAUGAUUUGAUUCCUGCCCCAAGGCCAGAUACUAUGGUAACUGGUCCAUCACACGUGCUUUGCAAUAGUUUCAUGAAGCUUAGUCUCUGGUAUGAGAUUUUAAUUACUAAUGAAUGAGAAAAGUAGCUAUAGUUAAAUUUACUUCAAUUAUGUUUUGCAUGAACAAUGGUUAGUGUUCCUACACAAGGCUGAGAAGUUUGUAACACCAGAUAUGAUUAACAUCAAAUAAAAGACACCCCAAACUGCAGUUGAGAGCUUCUUAAGAUUUUCAUUUAUAGCAAAUUACAAUUACUUGAAAAAGUAAUCUUGAACAGGCUAAUGUUGAGCCUUUUUUAAUGGGAUGUGAUCUUUGUAGACCCUCCAUUCCAAAGGACAAAAUCAGCAAUCCAGAAAAACUGGGUACAGAAUAAUUGUGAUACAUGCAUCCACCAAAUAAUUUUCUUUCUCUCUGGUCAUUCAAGUGAUGGAGGGCUUCUACUUGGAUGCCUGUCUGUACAGAUAAAGAAUGGUUUACAGAUUGCCAAAUAAAAUUCAAAAGAAGAAAAUGCUCAUCUGGAAGGUACCCAGUGAUAAACUGGUUUGCAAAAGAAUCUCUGAAGAAGAUCAAUAAAAUUUAUCUUUUUGGAACCAGUGGUUCCAUGGCCAGAAUAAAAGAUGAUAAGAACAAGCUUAAAGUGUAAGAGGGAGUAAUUUAUGGGAAAAUGAUUUUAUGGUGGAACAAUAGAUCUGAAGACUUAUGGACUCAUAAGACAGAAAAUGGAAUAAAAGCUGUCAAGCAACAGUGAACAUGGGAGACAUUUUAAUAAACAUCGAGAUCUGACAUCACUAGGAAAAAAAUUGUGAUAAAAGCAGAAAACAUUUUUGUCAUGCCUCUGAAAAUCAUGGUGCAACCACAUCUGGGAAAGAACGUCCAGUCCUGAUUGCUGUACCUUGAGGAAGCUGUAAUUCAAGUUGUGAAGGACCACAGUUUGGUAAGAAGGAAACUAAUAGAAUCAAAGUACGUAAAAUUAUAAAUUAUGUGUGGGGAAGAUGGCACAGGGAAGAACAGGGACUUGAUGUAUAUCCAUAUGAGAAUAUUCAGCUUAGAGAUACACUAACAACCAUUAAAGAAAUUAUUUUAAAACAAAA